GAAUAACUCAUUGAUCAAUCUUCAACAACGGAAAGAGUUGGUUGUGCAGACCCUCUGUAGAACUUAAUCGGGGAAAACGUUCACGUUUUUACCUUAAACGACAAUUUAUUGCUUCUAUUUGGACGAACAAACAGGGCAGCUGCAAUGUGGAUCCAAGUGCGCACAAUGGACGGGAAGGAAACCCAUCGGGUGGAUUCCCUGUCCAAGCUCACUAAGGUAGAUGAGCUACGGCUCAAAAUCAUGGAGCUGUUCAAGGUGGAACCAGAGAGGCAGAGACUUUUCUAUCGUGGCAAACAGAUGGAAGAUGGCCAUACCAUAUUUGACUACAGCGUGGGCCUCAACGACAUUGUGCAGCUGCUUGUUAGGCAGGGGAUGCCCCCUGCCGACGCUGUCAAGAGCAAGGACAAAGAAGCAGAGCUGUCUGACUCAGAUUCUGGGUGCGGUUCAACACAGAGUGAGUCUGACAAGAACUCCACUCACGGAGAGGUCGAAGGUCAGACUGCUGGAACGUCCACUCAGACAAACACCUCCGAACUUGUCUACCCUGGAUUUGGGUUUUUCAAGAUAAAUGAGCUGGUGGACGCCAGAGAUUUAAACAUGGGGGCGUGGUUUGAGGCCCAGAUCGUAGAAGUUACAAAGACGCCUAAAGAAGAGGGGGCUGAUAAUAAACCAGAUGAUGAAGAGGAGAUCUUGUAUCAUGUUAAAUACGAAGACUACCCGGAGAAUGGAGUGAUCCAGCUGCUGGCCAAGGAUGUUCGCCCUCGUGCCCGUACGGUGUUCGAGUGGGAUCAGCUGGAGCCUGGCAUGACCGUGAUGGUCAACUAUAAUCCAGAUGACCCCAAGGAACGAGGGUUUUGGUACGACGCCAAGAUCCAGAGGAAACGAGAAACCCGUACGAUACGGGAGGUUUACGCCCAGAUCCUCCUUGGUGAUGCUGGCGACUCUCUCAACGACUGCCGGAUCAUGUUCGUGACAGAAAUCUACAAAAUCGAGGAGCCCGGUUCUUCUAGCGACGCUCCAGCUGGAAGCGAGAGCCCGUUAAAGAGAUCAAGUGGACCUGAAUGCAAGCACUGUAAGGACGAUCUCAAGAAAAACUGCCGCUGGUGCAACUGCCACAUCUGCGGCAUCAAACAGGACCCCGACAAACAGCUGCUGUGUGACGAGUGUGACAUGGCCUAUCACACCUACUGUCUGAAUCCUCCACUUACCUCUAUCCCCGAAGAUGAGGAUUGGUAUUGCCCAGGUUGUCGUAAUGACUCCAGUGAAGUUGUCCUGGCUGGAGAGAAGCUGAAGGAAAGCAAGAAGAAAGCAAAGAUGGCGUCUGCCAGUUCCUCUAGCCAGAGAGACUGGGGCAAGGGAAUGGCGUGUGUGGGUCGAACCAAGCAGUGCACCAUAGUCCCGUCCAAUCACUAUGGUCCGAUCCCUGGCGUCCCCGUUGGCUCCCUGUGGAAGUUCAGAGUGCAGGUCAGCGAAUCUGGAGUUCACAGGCCUCAUGUCGCUGGAAUUCAUGGCAGGAGCAACGAUGGCGCCUACUCUUUAGUCCUGGCUGGGGGCUACGAAGAUGAUGUGGAUGAUGGCAACGAGUUCACCUACACUGGCUCAGGAGGCAGAGAUCUGUCUGGAAACAAGAGGACAGCUGAGCAGUCAUGUGAUCAGACUCUCACUCACAUGAACCGAGCGCUGGCUCUCAACUGCAAUGUUUCUGUCAAUGACAAACAUGGAGCUGAAGCCAAAAACUGGAAGGAAGGCAAACCGGUCAGAGUCGUGCGCAACUGCAAGGGACGCAAACACAGUAAAUACUGCCCCGAAGAAGGAAACCGAUAUGAUGGCAUAUACAAGGUGGUAAAGUACUGGCCAGACAAAGGCAAGUCUGGAUUCCUGGUCUGGCGGUAUCUGCUGAAGCGUGACGAUGACGAGCCGGCGCCGUGGACCAGAGAUGGCAAAGAAAAGAUUAAAAAACUUGGGCUCACCAUGCAGUAUCCUGCUGGCUAUCAGAAAGAGAAGGAAAACAAAAAUGAAGUGGAAGAGGAAGCAGCAACACCCAGCAAGGCAAAGAGGAAGAGAAAAUCUCAGGGCAGUGAAUCUCCCAAGACCUCACCUGCCAAGUCUCUAAAGAAGAUCAAAGUGGAGGUUUACAAGCUUUCACACGAGCAGAAAACCCUCAUAAAGAACGAUGAGCAGAACAAGAAGCUUUGGGACGAAGCCAUGGGGUCGCUGUCACUUGGGCCGAAAUUCUUGAACAAAGUAGAAGAGGUGUUUCUCUGCAUUUGCUGCCAAGAAGUGGUCUUCCAGCCCAUCACCACAGAAUGCCAACACAAUGUCUGCAGGGAAUGCCUCCAGCGGUCUUUCAGGGCAGAAGUGUAUACCUGCCCAGCCUGCAGACACGAUCUGGGCAAGAAUUACCCCAUGUCUGUGAACAAACCACUGCAGGACAUCCUAACCCAGCUUUUCCCCGGGUACAGCAACGGGCGAUGAUCGCCACUCCUGCCUACUCUGCUCUCAAGGAAGAGUGAGGAAAACUGUAAGGGGCAUUUUCACCAAGGGGCAAUAAAGAGUCCGUUCCUCCUAAUAUAUUUUUGUUGAUUAUAAAGCUACAAUAUUUGUGAGCUACAAAGCAACAGUUUUUACUGUUAAUCAGCCAUUUUGUACCCAUUAGUGACAAAUUGAGAAUUCUGAACUAAAUUUACAAUUACUCAGUUAAUGGCUAUUUUGGUUCUUGCUCAGUGUUUUGUCCUGGAAUUAAUGUCUGUAUUUUAAACAGUGUUUUCCCAUUGUUUUAGACCUUGGGUGGAUAUUUUUUAAAGUCUAAAGCAAUUUGGUGGUUUCUCAGACUUUUUUUUAAGCUUUUAUAUAAGAAUAGAAUCUCCUUUUUCUUUUUCCACUAUUGUGGUUUUAAUUCAUUAUCAUUUGGUGGCUGCUGUCCAGGAAGAAUAAAGCUAAUGAAUGGCUGAGAGUUGUAUUGGGUUUUUAGAUUGAAGUUGUAUCAAUGUGGUAAGAAAACAAAGGGUACCGCCUCCAUAAAACAUAAGCCAAAUGUACAAACGCGAACCGUUAGUUUGGCCAUCUUAGAAGUGUCUUAUCUGAAACGGUGUCAUCAAACGUUGCUUUUAAAAAUAUAUUUCUUUUACACAUAUACUGGUUUCCCAAAGGUUGCUGGUGUUCUAUUUUUUUUUCUCUUGUGAUUUGUAUAUGGAGUUUCUGAAAGUUGAUAAUUGUUUUAUGAAUUUUAUAACAUGUUGAUAACCCUUUGAAAGGCAGUAGAUUGAAAAGUAAAUUUUUAGAUUUCCCCUUUUUUCUGAGCAGUUCACAUUUAAAUAGUCCAAAGAUACUGGCGCUUAACCAAGACUGUAAAUUAGAAGUCCCUUUUAUCUAGUCCUCUAUAUGUUGUCCCUAACACUUGAACUUAAUUAAGCUUAGAAACUUAAUUUGUAUGUUAAAAGAUGAAAAAUUUACUUUUUCAACUUUUAUCAGUUGUUUUCUUCUCAGUCGAGAGUCCGGUCUUUGGUUAAUAUUUGCAUUUCAAGGUAAUUAAAUACACAUGCUGUCUAAAAUUUAACAUUCAUCAAAACUGAGCUCCACGUCUACCCUUUUCCAUUACUGUUUAUUGAAUAUUUUUUGUUUUGAAUUUCAUAAACCAGUUGAACCUGUUCAUGUGUUACAGGACAAAUAAUUGCAUAUACAGGGAAAUGUAUAUUUUCCGAAAUUGUAUAAUUUUUGUAGACCGUUUUAGAUUCCAUGUGUAGUUUUAGGAUUUCUUGCACAUAUUUGCAAAGAUUUGUCAACGCGUUUUCAGUGUUCAAUAAAAAAGUUGGCAAAAAGAAA